GUCACCUUUCAUUCAGAUCCAUAUCCCUCCCUUCUACACAAACAUCACAGUCUUAACGCUUAUUUUACAGAGAAACAAGUAUCAAAGAAGAGCAAAAAAGUAUCCACAACAAUGUAUAUUUCACCGUCUGUAUUAAUACGCCUCCUUUUGGUCCCUAUCUUGGCCGUGGUGGCCAUACAACUUCUAUUUGUACGCGCUGUUUCGUCAGUGAACAUGACAAAUCCGUAUCUACACCAUAAAUGCUUUGUCACUCUAGGGAAAUACAAACCGGGAAGUCAGUAUGAGAAAAACCUUAAACGUAUAAUCAAUGAAUUCCCUAAAGGAAGUUUUAAGAGAGGUUUCAUCUCUAUGACCCUUGGUGAAAGUCCUGAUUUCAUAGUCAUGCUCUUUCAAUGCCGCGGAGACACCCACGGGCCCAAAUGCCGUUCUUGCUAUGCUACCGCCAAACCCGAGUUUUUUAAGAGAUGUCCAAGGCACAAAGGUGGAAUAAUAUGGUACGACCAAUGUUCUUUAUAUUUUUCUACGAUCGAUUCUUUAGGCAUGAUCGACUACGACAACAAUUUCUGUAUGUCCAAUGCAACGAAAAUAAGCGACGAUCUAUAUAACCAAGUCAAACCGCGGCAUUUCAUCGACGAUAUGAUACAAAAUGCCACUCGUGAAGCUAAACGAGAAGCGCCGUACUACAUGGCGGAGGAGAAGAGGGUGGGGAAGGAAACGAUAUAUGGAAUGGCUGAGUGCUCCUUUGACAUGUCGCAAAAAAACUGUAGGAAGUGUUUAGAACGAAAUAAUUUCUAUUUUGCGAGAUGUUUUUGGGAUAAACUAGGAGCCAGAGUUUUGGGUAAAAGCUGUAGUUUUAGGUAUGAGUUUUAUCCUUUCAUUUUACCUAAGGCCGGUCCUAAAUAUUUGAAGCCUUAAUAAGCAAUUUAUAGAAAAAGUAUUCGGAUC